GUGCUGUGUUGAGCUGUGCUGUUUUUAAUUUAAUUUUUAUUUAAUGACCUAUAAAGACAGCUACAGAUGGCUGCCUAACAGAGGUGUCUGCUUAAAUGAGAUUUGACUGUAAUCGGUACAUGAGUGAACACACUGCAGAUUGUUCAUGUGACUGUGAACAGUUCUCCCCAGCUAGCCCCAUGUGUGUCGGUCCCCAUGUGUGUCUGUCCGCAUGUGUGUCGGUCCGCAUGUGUGUCGGUCUUCCUGAUGAGCUUGUGGUGUGUUGCUAGUGGUGUGGCCUCCUACAGCUUCCCAGCAGACAGUCACUGUGGGAGAACACCGCCUGUGUGAUGAUAGACUGUCACUUGUGUGUGAGACAGAGAGGCCCACACACUAUCAGCUAACACACAGGUGGCAUACACUCUCACCUUCGUACUAGACUCCAGAAUCACACCUAUUUACAGGUUUAAAGCAGUGAAGAAGUUUCUGAUGUGAAAGUCCGUGAUCUGCCCCUCCUAUGAGCAUACAUGUGAACAUGUUGUGUAGAAAGUAUCACUUUGUGUGACUUACCGUAGACGAUGGAACAAGAGCUUCACAGACGCGAUCACUUCGGUGUGCAGGACUUCGUUCUGUUGGAGGACUACACCAACCAUGAUGCCUUCAUCGAGAAUCUCAGGAAACGCUUUCAGGAGAAUCUCAUCUACACUUAUAUUGGUCCAGUUUUGGUGUCUGUGAACCCAUACCAACAGUUGGACAUUUACAACCAGGCAUGGAUUGAAACCUACCGCAAUGUCAACUUCUACGAACUGCCUCCGCACGUCUAUGCCAUUGCUGAUGCUGCCUACCGGACAAUGAGGGGAGAUAACUGCGAUGUCUGUGUCCUCAUAUCUGGCGAGUCUGGUUCUGGGAAAACAGAGGCAUCCAAGCAGAUUCUGCAGUACAUUGCCGCGAGCAGCACCCACUCCACCGAGGUUGACCGCAUCAAGGACAGACUGCUCAACUCUAAUCCCAUACUUGAGGCUUUUGGCAAUGCAAAGACAAAUCGGAAUGACAACUCUAGCAGAUUUGGAAAAUACAUGGACAUCCAAUUUGAUUACAAGGGUGCUCCAGUGGGUGGCCACAUCCUGAACUACUUGUUGGAGAAGUCUCGCGUCAUCCACCAGGCUGCUGGGGAGAGGAACUUCCAUGUCUUCUACCAGCUGCUGUCGGGAGGAAGUCCGCAGAUAAUUGACAGACUCAAACUGACGCGCAACCCACAGGACUACUUCUAUCUCAAUCAGGGUGACAGUUACCAGGCAGAUACAGUGGAUGAUCAACAAAAUUAUAAAAUGGUGAAAAAUGCAAUGGAUGUUUGUGACUUCUCUUCAAAAGAGCAAGAUGAUUUGUUUGCCAUCAUUGGAUCUGUGCUGCAUCUCGGAAAUCUUGAAUACCAGGUGUCGGAUGAUGGUUUGGUUAAACUUAAAGAUGUUCAGCCACUUCAGAUCAUUGCAAAGUUGCUUGGUUGUGAUGAAAAUAUACUGCAGGCCUCCUUACAAUACCGGACCAUAGAUGCAAGAGGGGAAAAGGUGAAAACCCCACUUAAUCAGGACCAAGCGCUGUAUGCCCGGGAUGCUUUAGGAAAAGGAAUAUAUGACCGUCUUUUCACUUGGAUUGUCAAGAAAAUCAACGUAUCUCUUGCCAAGAGAGAAAGGUUGAAAUGUUCUUUGAUGGGCCUACUAGAUAUAUAUGGCUUUGAAAUAUUUGGUAUCAAUAGUUUUGAACAAUUCUGCAUAAAUUACUGCAAUGAGAAGCUGCAGCAACUUUUCAUUGAGUUGACCCUCAAGUCGGAACAAGAGGAGUAUGAGCGAGAAGGAAUCCAGUGGGAGCAUGUGCAAUUCUUCAACAAUAAGAUUAUCUGUGAUCUGGUGGAAGGGAGGCCAUUUGGAAUAAUAGCCAUAAUGGACGAGGAGUGUCUGCGACCCGGUGACACCACAGACCAGACAUUCCUGGAGAAACUCUCGCAGACGAUUGGAAGUCAUCCACACUUCGUUACUCACAAGGCAGCAAACAACGCCACACGCAAGACCAUACAGAGAGAUGAAUUCCGGUUACUCCACUAUGCAGGGGAUGUUACGUAUGGUGUGAAAGGUUUUCUCGAUAAGAAUAAUGAUCUGCUUUUCCGAGAUCUCAAAGAGGCAAUGAGUGAAACUGCCAAUAUUAUCACAUCUCAGUGUUUCCCCAAAGAUGAACUCAUCAGCAAAAAGAGACCUGAUACUGCAGCCACGCAGUUCAAGAACAGCCUGUCUAAACUGAUGGAAAUCCUUAUGUCAAAGGAACCGUCGUAUGUCCGGUGUAUCAAGCCAAAUGACUUUAAGAGACCAGCCAUGUUUGAUGAAAAGAUUGUGAGCCACCAGGUGAAGUAUCUUGGUUUGAUGGAGAACCUGCGGGUACGGCGAGCUGGGUUCGCCUACAGACGACCGUACAAAGUCUUUCUACAGAGGUACAAGUGCCUGUGUCCUGAUACCUGGCCACGGUUUAAUGGGUCACCGAAAGAUGGAGUCCAAACUCUUGUCACUUAUCUCAACUAUGAUGAAGAUGAAUACAGAAUGGGCAAGACAAAGUUAUUCAUCCGAUUUCCGAGAGUGCUGUUUGCCACAGAGGACGCGUUUCAGCUGAAGAAACAUGAUUUGGCUACAUUAAUUCAGACUCGAUACAGAGGUUUUGCUCAGAAGAAAAAGUACUUACAGUUGAAAGCUAGUGCUAUCAUAUUACAGAGCCACAUUCGCAGAAUGGCAGCCCAAAGAGAGCUGGAGAGGAGGAGACAUGCUGUUCAGUGUGUCAGAAAAUUCAUCAAGGGUUUUAUGUGCCGCAAAAAGCCGGAGUGUGAAGAGAACCGUCAGUUCAUCAAGUACACAAAGAUGAACUAUCUUGAGAGACUGCGAAAGUCGCUGCCGAGAAAUGUACUCGACAAAAAGUGGUUACCUCCGCCAGAACUCCUCCAGGAGACUUCCAAGCUCCUGCGACAGAUGUGCAUGAAAAACAUGGUGUUGAAGUAUGUAAAGAAAAUCUCUCCACAGAGAAAACGACAGUUCCAACAAAAGGUGAUGGCCGAGAGUAUUUUCAGAGGCAAGAAGGAACUGUACAAAUUCAGCAUCAAAGAUGCCUUCAUUGACAGUCGACUAGCAGCCCACCAUGAAGCAUUGAAAAACAAUGUAUUUGAAAAAUCGACGAAGGAACCAGGGGAAAAAGUGCAGUACUGCAGUGCAGUGACAAAAUACGAUCGCCAUGGAUACAAGGCCAGAAACAGAGUGAUGAUUGUGACAGAUAGAAAUGUUUAUAUUCUAAAUGAGAAGGACUUCAAGGUGAAGGACAAAGUUCCGUAUCAGCUGUUGUCUGGAAUUGUGACUAGUGCUUACACAGAUGGAUUGUUUGUCAUUGUGGUGUCCACAGCAGAGAAUGGAUCCAAGGGUGACUUGAUUCUUCAGAGUGACUAUGUAAUAGAAGCUGUCACUAAGAUUGCUAUGUCUGGAAAGAAGGUUGACGUGGUGAAGAUAGCAUCAGAUGGAAGCAUAAUGCAUGACAUGGCAAGCGGCAAGCAAGGCUGUAUAGAGUUUGUGAAGGGUUCUACGUACAGCGUUAAAAAGGGCAAAAAUGGAAACCUUUCUGUGAUUGCACCUCCUCUAGGAUGAAACAUUGGGUUCAUAGCAACAUUUAUUCCACGAAGAGACUGAUAUUUCAUGUGUCACUGACCUGGUGCUGGCACCACAAUAUAAUGUAUUACUAGUAACUGUUUCCCAGCAGAAUGGACUACGUGACAGUGUAAUCUUAUCAACAGUUUCUGGUCAUACAGUUGUUGGAGAGUGUCCUACCUACACAUUUUCCAUAUGCACCGUUAGCAUGGAUGAUAAUUUCAGUGGAAAUAAUCUUACAGAAAAUUCAAAAGUGCUACAAACUUUAGUACACAAAUAAUAAUGUUUAAACCAAGGACAGAAUCUGGAUGCAAACUUAAAAAUCAGUUUGUAUAAAUGGGUGUAUUUAAUUUAGAUGUCUAAAUAUUUAAUGCUAAGCCAAGUUCCUGCUUUAGUAUAUAAAUUGUGUAUGUAGUUUAGAUAGCAGCUUCAAUUAUUUACUGAAUGCUAAAUCUGGUGUUAUUCCUUGAUGCCAAAUGGUAUCGGUUUGUGCCACUGAAGUUGCCAGACAUUAUAAAUGUGAUAUUGCUGAGCAGUAACAAUUAUCUGUGUUCUUUCUUUUAUAAAUGAUAAUACUUCUUAAACCUUUUCAAAUGUCUGUUAUCUCUACAUGACUACUCAUGAAAUGCCUUUUUGGACAAGUGUGAUAAUAAACUGUAAUUAUUUUAUUUUACAAUUAAGUGCCAUUAGCUUACUGAUCGAACUACUACAAAUCUAAUAUUUUAUAUUCGUUUCUAAUUUAAUUUUAUGCAGGUGUACAUUGUCUAUAGCAAAUACAUUUUUUUUUAUUACACCAUAAGUGUAUUAAUUGUCACAACCCCACAACAUUGUCACCAUUAUUGCUACCAUCAUUGCAUGGGUUUGGUGCAAACAUAUUGGUCAAACAACUACUGUAUGCUUGCAUAUUAGAUUCAGGUCAUUCUGUGCUCAAGCUUGGAUUUGGUAUCUUCUUGAGUGGAUUUGAAGUCACAUGACUGGAAGUAAUUACCAUGGAAGAUUGUAAUAUUUUGAUUGGCUGUUAAAGUAGUUAGAGGUCUAGGUCAGUUUAAAUAUUUAUUCGAAAAUAAACUAAAUAUAUUCAGUUUGAUGUUUUAAUGGAUAUGUUUUAGUGUAAUUAUGAUAUACAGAUCUAUAAUAUCUUGUCAUUGGAUUUGGUAUCAUCUUGAAUGGAUUUGAAGUCACAUGACUGGAAGUAACUACCAUGGAAUUUGAAAAUAGAUGAAACGAUUUCUUUUGUUUUCUAAGCAUUGCAGUUAUGAAUGUCAGUUUUUUAAGUCGCAUGAUAUUAUUUGGACCAAUCGAAAUAUUUAUAACAAAAGCAUAUUUACUGAUUGGAAUGAUUUCAUUAUGAUUCUUUUUGAGGAACUCCCAUGGUUUGCUACCAGUUAGUAUAAUUAUAAUACCAAUGUCUUUCUUGCAGACAGAUGUAGAUAUUGGUUGAAGGUUUUCUUACCAGUUAUUCUCUCUUUGUUACCUAUGCAGUUUGUCAUGGUUUUGUACUGAGGUUUAUUGUCAAAUUGUAUUGUUUUCUUUUGACCCAGCUUAAUAUAUGCAUAGAUGAUAACAUAUACAAUUUUUAUAUUGUACAGACUACAUUCAGAUACGUACUGUGCUAAGAAUAGUGGAUUAAAUUGUUUGUUUUUUUAAUUGUUGGCAACUUGGUAUUGCAAUGAGCUAUAAUAUAACGAUUUAGUGGUGCUGUAUAUAUCAAUGCUAUUGGAAUACUUAAUCAUUGUGAUUAAUGCCAGGCCUUAAUUUGUAUCAUUAUUUCUGUUUUAUGGCUGCACUACAAAUCCAAAACCAGAGGGUCAUUUUGUUUAAAAGCCACUUGGGUGACAUUAGGGGGCAUGCUUGGUGUAUUCAUGCCUCCACAUUGUCCAAGAAAAUCUAUUUUAAUUUGACUGAAUGACAGAAGUAAUGAUAAGAAAUCUAUAAGAUUAAAACCUUAUAUACCAGCAUUGUUAGCAUUGAAUUGAUUCAAAAUCUAAACUGGUUUCUAAAAAAACAAUUAGUAGUAUUGUAUAUAUCAAUGCUACUGGAAUACUUGAUCUGUAUCAUCAUUUCUGUUUUUGGCUGCACUAUUUGAACUAAAUGCCAUGUGUCUGACUGAAGAUGGCCACCUUUAGUUCCAGUUAUCCAUGAAUUCCAAUUUACAUAACUAUUGAAGUGUAGUUAGCAUUCAGAACUUAGUUCAGGGCCCAAUUUCACAAAACAUCGUAAGCCUAGUUUUGUAAACAUAAAUCUAUGAUUAAGCCACAAUUCUUAUACUAUUAUAGUUCAACAAAUAUAGCUAGAAGAACACAUAUUUCAUUUUCUUUUGUCUUUAAAAUACUCCAGCUUCCUUAAUGAUGUAAUUUUCUGCGUGAAAUUGAUGCCAAACACAUGUAAACGCACGUCUGGUAUAACUGCCAGUAGCAGAUGUAAACUUACGAUGUUUAGUGAAAUGAGCCCCAGGAUCAUUUCUGAACAUAAGUACAUAUUCCUGAUGGGUUCAGAAUAUUGCCUCAAAUGAUUUUGUGCAUGUUAUUUAGUUUCAGAACAAUCUAACUGCAUUUAGUGUGUUAAUGUGUAUCAGAUGUAUGUAUUAACCUGUUUAUGUAAUUUAGUAAUCGGUGAUUUAUUGGUAUCUAGUCAAUGAUAUUAACAAGAUCAUAACUAUUAUAUAUUCAGAGCACAAAAUGUCAAGACAAGGACUGGGUGUCUCUUGUUUCUUUGUAUACCGCUGGACAUUAAUUAAACACCACCUAGUUGUGACUGUGUGGCUUAUACUUCACAAUUAAUUGGGAACAUUACGGGAAUACAAAACACUGAAAUUAACGUUCUCUGUAUAACAGAGGUUAUUGAAAAAGAUUGAUAGUAGGUGACAUUGUUGUUACAUCAAAAUAAUGUAUUCUAGAGAAAAAGACAGGCACUGUAAAUAUGCAUGAAUUAACUAACCAUGCAUGGAGCUGGAUCACAUUGAUCUGCUUCUCACAAGUAACUUAUUUAUGCCAUCUCUGUAAAUGGGUAAAAACUUUUGAUAUCAAGUUUAAACUCUUGUUGGUACGGACAAUUUCCUCCACAAGCCUUUUGGCUGCUAUACAAUGCAGGUGGUGUUUAAUUAACUUCCAGGUGAUGUUUUUAUUAGUAGUACAUUGACAUGUAUAAUGAUGCAAAAUCAAUUUGUUAAUGCAUUUCUUCAAAAUUAUGUGUAUGAUUGCUUUUUAACUUACACAAAAGUGCUACAAUGAUUUGGUUCUCCCCUUAAAAUGUUUGUAUGUUUACAUUAUUAUAUAUUGCAAAAUGUUACAUCACCUUCAUACUGUGAUCAUAUUUGUUUUAUAUACAGUAAUAUAUAUAUAUAUAUAUACACACUGUACUGCAUAUGAUAGACUUGUAUUCAUUAUAUUCAACAUAUUACAUACAUAUGUGGUUUAGUAUUCAUGAUAUGCAUAUCUUGACUGUAGUUUACAUUUAUUGUCAGGUAUAUUUCAUACUGGUACAUGUGCUUACAGUGGACAAAGAUUUGCAGCAUUUAUCUACAUGUAUAUAAAAAACAAUAUAUAUUUAUCAACAUGAAUUUAGAAAAUGUUUUGUUUUACAAAUUUAACUAUUACAUGUAUCUAUACUUUUUUUCAUGAUACAUGUAUCAUGAUACUUAAGGAAAAUGUGCAGGGGUUAAAAUUGGCUAAAAUUCCUGCCAGAUAUUCAGUCUGGCAAGCUACAAUUUCUACCAGCCCGAAUCAAAACCUGCUGAACCAAGCAUGACUGACUUAACUAAUGUGUGAAUAUAAAUGUUGAAUAAUUGCUGGUUCAAGUGAACGGCGGACAAAAAGAAUCUACCAACCCAUGGACAUGGUGAUGUUGACCAUCAAAAACCAGUGGGGUGGCCAUAUUUCAACCCCUGAUGCAAUUUGUUAACUAACAAUUUUACUUAAAGCCUUACAAAGGCCACUCAUUUGUAUUCAUAUUAUUUUAUAUUGCAUAUAUUGGUUGAUUUAUACAUUGUACCAUAAAUAAUACCAUUAUCAGGCAACACAUUUACUUAAACGACUUUAAUCUGAAAAUUGCCUACAAUAUAGUUGUUGUAAUAUGGCACUUUAUUUGGAAAUUAACUGGUGCUAUAGGUAAAGUGGCUUCAGAUGAAUUUCAUUAUCAGGAAAGGUGUAUUACACAAACAUGGUUAUUACUUUUGUGUGUGUUAGUAUGCAUACAAGUGCCUGUGAAAGACUUGAAUUUGAAUAUACACAUGUAUCCACACUUGCAUGCACACACACUAUGUAGUUUAUAUAUAAGUGUUUGAUUAAUAUAUUAUUAUUUUAAUUGUUAGCAAGUGGUGAGUAGAAAGUUGGCAAAACUAAAAUACCGAUUACAGAAGUGAAAAAUCUGUUUUAUAAUUUAACCAAUCGUCUUUCAUGGCUGUAUGAUACACAUUUAUGUACGUGGAGUUUUCAAAAUGCUGAUUUGUAUCAGCUGCAACUUUGUGUCUGUCUGUAUACAGUGUAGUCUCAUUAUCUUGUAUCAGCUUACAAAUAUUCGUAUUCUCAAAUUUCAGUUUAAAUAUAUAUGCAGAUUAUCUA